CAGUGAAGAGGUGACUCCGGGAUGCUGGCCUUCUAGGCAGAGUUGCAAAGAAAAAGCCAUAUCUCAGACUGGCCAAUAAAAAGAAAAGAUUAAGAUGGGCAAAAGAACACAGACACUGGACAAAGGAACUCUGCCUAGAAGGCCAGCAUCCCGGAGUCGCCUCUUCACUGUUGACGUUGAGACUGGUGUUUUGUGGGUACUAUUUAAUGAAGCUGCCAGUUGAGAACUUGUGAGGCGUCUGUUUCUUAAACUAGACACUUCAAUGUACUUGUCCUCUUGCUCAGUUGUGCACCGGGGCCUCCCACUCCUCUUUCUAUUCUGGUUAGAGCCAGUUUGCGCUGUUCUUUGAAGGGAGUAUUACACAGCGUGGUACGCGAUCUUCAGAUUCUUGGCAAUUUCUCGCAUUGAAUAGCAUUCAAUUCUCAGAACAAGAAUAGACUGACGAGUUUCAGAAGAAAGCACUUUGUUUCUGGCCAUUUUGAGCCUGUAAUCACAAAUGCUGAUGCUCCAGAUACUCAACUAGUCUAAAGGCCAGUUUUAUUGCUUCUUUAAUCAGUACACUAGUUUUCAACUGUGCUAACAUAAUUGCAAAAGGGUUUUCUAAUGAUUAAUUAGCCUUUUAAAAUUGAAUUAGCUAACACAGGAGUGAUGGAACACAGGAGUGAUGGUUGCUGAUAAUGGGCCUCUAUACGCCUAUGUAGAUAUUCCAUUAAAAAUCAGCCGUUUCCAGCUACUAGUCAUUUACAACAUUAACAAUGUCUACACUGUAUUUCUGAUCAAUUUGACAUUUUAAAGGACAAAAAAUUAGCUUUUCUUUCAUAAACGAGGGCAUUUCUAAGUGACCCCAAACCUUUGAACGGAUAUAUAGAUAUAGAUAUAUGUUAUACACACACACAGUCUUGUAUAUCUAACCUUGUAUAACUAAUCCAUUCAAAAUCCUGUACCCUAACAUUAAUCCUUAAACCUAGCUCCUAACCCCAAAACUAAACCUAGCUCCUAACCCCAAAACUAAACCUAGCUCCUAACCCUGAACUUAAUUCUAACCAUAACACCAAUUCUAACCUUAACCCUAAAUCCCCUAGAAAUAGCAUUUGACCUUGGGGACUAACAAAAUGGCCCCAGUUGGUCAAAUUUGUUUGUUUACUAUUCUUGUGGGGACUUCUGGUCCCCACAAAUAUAGUGACACACACACACACACUAUCUACUAAUGUCUUUAAUCUUAUGCUAUUUUCCAUUUCAACAGUUUAAAAGUCUGAAUGAAUAAUGUAUUACACACAAACACACACACCUCAGGCAUUCAUUUCAGAGGGAUCUGUGAAGUUGUUGAUGGGAGUAGAGAGAGAGACUAGCAGGCCAGUGGCACUGAGGAAACAGAGGUCCGUCCAGCAGUCUUAACAUAGCUAGUCGGAGGGGACUAGAACUUGUCUCUCAAUGGCCAAUCCCAAAUCAGCCCCUCGCCUAACCUCUUACUGUCCCCAAGCACAUAGGAAACCAAACCACCCAGGAUCGCUAGCCUAGAAAAGUGAUGUAACACUUGUCUGUUUCAUAAAUAGGAGUGUGUUUCCGCUGUAGAUUACACUAUGCAUUGUGCACUGCCAAGUUAACCCUUUCACUGGCGGCAUGUAGCGUUGGUAGCUUUCAUUCAUGUCAAUCAUUUCUGUUAACUUAUUUAUUAAUAACUCUAUUUCUGUUUGUGAGACGUGGUCUUUAAAAGUCAUUAAAGGAUAGAUUUACAAAGUGACUGAAGUACUGAGGAGGAGUGAAUGUAACGUGAUGGUGAUGCAGGUCUUUAUUUUCAUGGCAAUGUUCAACAGGUUGUAAAUAGUGCACUAAAACAACACACACUUACAAAACAUUUGAAUGAUAUAUUCUAUUUCAAAUUAAGUAGAGGAUUUGAUAAAUGUCAGAAGGCACAUUAACUUGCUUUGGAGACCAUGUAAUAUGAUGACCAGGCAUCCAUCCCUUUGGAUAAAGAGGGAAUGUAUUGAAAACACUAAAACGUCUUUACUUUUGGUUAUGUUGCAACAGUUAUUAGGAAGCAAAAUGCUCAUGGCACUUAAGAUAAGGAUUGUCUUCAGGAAAGAAAACAGUUGGAUGUUGUUGUUCAACUAAUUUACAGUCCUGUAUUUACUUAAAUAGUAGAAUGAUCAUUAGAAUAUCCACCUAAUGACAACUUAUUAUUUUUUUUUAAAAAGUUCAUUUUAAGAGUUUCUAAUUCUGUUUAAUUCUUUGAGAUACGUGCCAAAAGGUAUGACUGUUACCAUAGUUUCAUAGUAAAUACCUGGUAGAUACCAGAUGAAGCAGGGCUGUAAAAUAAGGUCUGACUGAUGCCCUAUGUUUACAUGAUGGUAACUGUGUAAGUCUGAUGAUUGACAAGCCCAGAUCCACUCAUUAAAACAUUGAUUGAACAGACAUUCAAGUUGAACCACGUGGGCCUACAGAGGCAUUGUUGAAAACUCCACUUUGUGUGAUUUAAAUGUGCAAAUGUAACAUGGUACGAUUGUGAUAAAAGCAACCUAAUAAAUGAAGCUUUGACCUUCUGAAGAACAGUUGUCAUGUUGUUGUGUCCAAAAUGUCAGCUUUAUGCCGACUGAUAAGUGGUGAGAGGUGAGAAUGAAAAGUAUUGCUGUUCUGUCCGUUACAGGUCUGGUAAUUAACUUUCAGCACUUCACAGCAACAGAGAACCUCUAUCUGACUAUUUUAAACCUACACAACAACUUUUGCAGUAAAGACAUUGUUUUCACUUCCCUUUUCUCAAGACAUAUUUAAAGGUUGUUCUCUAGUAUUCUGCACAAGACUGUAGCGGUCUAGGUGUCGACAGAAGUACAGGCUUCUCCCUCCAUAGAAGCACAGAGGUCUGGCAGGAAGACAAGUUUUUAAACACGGAACACUGAGGUCUAACACCAAGAAUGACGUUUGUGUUUUGGGUGUGGAGGCCCGGUGUGAGUGUGCUGCUGCUCUUGUGUGUGUGUGACGGAGCAGAAGGGGUGAUCAGGCGUCACUGUGACUGCUAUGAGGAGGAUAUGUAUGUACAGAAAGACCUCGGAGGGUUCAUACAGUGUUCCCUUAAGCCUGGCCUGGGACCCUAUGCUGAGUGCACAGAGAUCACUGACCUCAGGACUGGGCUGGAGGAGGUGUUUCCUGAUGUGCGUUCUCUUUGUAUCCUUCACUCCUCCUCCUCCCUGCCUGCAGACUCCUUCUCUCACAUUCCCCUCCUGGAGCACCUCUAUUUGGAUGGCUCACACCUGGCAAAGGUGACCUCAGGGGCCUUCGCUGGUCUGCCCAAACUAAGGUUCCUCCACAUCCUCGUCUCCUCCUCCUGGGGGGGAGUGAACGUCACUCUGGAGCCAGGGGUGUUCCAGGGCCUGUCUAGCCUGGAGGAGCUCACCCUGGCUGGUAUGAGUCUGGCCCUGGCCCCCCCUGCUCUGCUGGAUCCCCUGGUACGGGUGAGGAGCCUGAGGGUGGACAGGGCUGGAGCGAGAGACCUGGGGGAACUGUUCUGUCUCCUCUCCCCUGGGAUGGAGAAACUAGAGACCCUGGAGCUGCCUGGCAGCAUGGUCAGCUCCAUCCAGAACGGAGGCUGCUCUGGAUCCAAUCCGUGGCCCACAGUGCUCCUGUCCAGGAUCCGGAUCCUGGAUCUGAGUGGAAACCCGGUGCGAAGGGUAGAGCCGAAGUCUCUGUCUGUCUUCCAGAACCUGUCCAGUCUGUCCCUGUCUGUGGUGGAUGUCUGGGUGGGCCAGCUGUGGGGGUCUGGCAUGGGGAGGGUUAACAAGCUCUACCUGUCCAGUUACACCUUGAGACAGUUCACCCCCAGCCUGUCUGACCUGUGUACUCUGGUAGUAAAACAUGGAGUGGAGUCCUUGAAUCUGCACCUGGCCCUGAUCACAGCCUUCACCGCAGAGGUCAUGAAGAGGUGUGGUCCUGGUCUGAGGCAGCUGUCUGUGACUUCUGAGGAUCUGUCUGGUAUGGACCUGGGGUUCUGGACUGGUACCGGUCAGAUACAGGGUCUGAUGAUGGUCCUGACCAAGCUGACCAAUGCCUCGUUCUGCUCAGCAGGGGGAGGGAGGGUGUGGAACCUCACCUCUCUCAUUCUCCAUGAGAACCACCUCACUGAGAUCACCACUGAUCAGUUCUCCUGUAUGCCCCUGCUGGAGCGUUUGGAUCUGAGUGGGAACCAUAUCUCCUCCCUGGCCCACCGGGCUCUCCAAGGGAUGCCGCUCCUCCGCGUCCUCGACCUCACCCACAACAAAAUCUCCAUGCUGGGAGCAGACGACUUUGAGGGUCUGCCUGCUCUAGAGGUUCUCCUCCUGGAAGGGAACAAGAUCUCAGGGGGCAUCGCUCAUGGGGUGUUCCGUAGACAGCAUCGACUCCAAGACCUCAGCCUGGGAGAGAUAGACAUUAUCUACCAGCUCUACCUCAACAUGCUGUUCCUGGGCUUCCCCACCAAGCUCCAGCACCUCCUCAUCGACACAGGCCCAGGAACCUACCUCACCGUAGGCCAUGUUCCCGCCCCUGAGUUCCCCAUGGUCCUGGAGCUCAGAGGGAAGAUGAUCCAGUCCUCUGACUGUGAAAACAAAAUGUUCCCCAUGGUCCGAGAGCUGAAGGUGGGCGAGGGGACAAAAUUUGACUGCAACAACAUUUUCCUGGCCCCCUACUUCCUCAACCUGGAGUCGUUUGAGUUCUCAGCCAACCCUGAGAAGUUUUCCACCCCCUACACCACCAUCAACCAGCUUCGAAAGCUGAAGAGGCUCAAACUGACCAACCUCAACUUCUCCAACCACACAGACCCCAGUGUUACCUUCAGGAACCUGACGGAGCUCAGGAGCCUAGUGCUGAUCAACUGUCGACUCAACUUCCUCACCAGGUCCAUGUUUACAGACCUGGUGUCUCUACGUGUUUUGAGGCUGUACAGUGAGAGCCCUCUGAUCCUGUUGGAGGGGGUCUUCAUUCCCCUGCUGUCUCUCUCCACGCUGGUCUUUGACCAGGUCGACUUCCGCUGUGACUGCUCCAACGGCUGGCUUCUGGACUGGGCUGACAACUCUCGCAAAACACAGGUGGUGCUCCUGCAGCGACAGCAGUGCAUCUGGCACUACCAACGACUCAACUUCCUGUCCACCAUGGAGCGCCUCUGCCAGACCGAAGACGACUUCCUGUCCUACGUCUCCACAACGGCCACUGUGUGCACCCUCCUGUGCUUGGCGCUAGGAUACCGCUUCCUCCGCUGGCCCUGUGUCGUUCUAUUCUUUCGUCUGAGAGGAUGGGUGGAGCGACGUGUGGGGAGGAGGUGGUGGAGGAGGAAUAGGAGGAUGGGGGGACAGUGGGAGGAGCUGAUAGAGGGAGAGGAGAAGGAGGAAGAGGAGGUGAGGUAUGAUGCGUUUGUGUCGUUCAGCAGUGGUGACGAGGCGUGGGUACUGGGAGAGAUGGCCCCGAUGCUAGAGGAGGGGGAGCCACGACUACGACUGUGUCUGCACCACCGAGACUUUGAGGUAGGGAAGGGCAUCGUGGAUAACAUCGCUGAGAACAUCUACUGCAGUAGGAGGACAGUGUGUGUGUUGACCAGACGCUACCUGAGGAGUGACUGGUGUGGCCUGGAGAUGAGAGUGGCCACACACCGCCUGUUGUCUGAGCACAGCCACAGACUCAUCCUCAUCUUCCUAGAACACAUCUCCCCCUUCGAGCUGUCCGCCUUCCACAGACUGGCUAAGCUGGCCAGAACCCGGACCUACCUGGACUGGCCCCAGGAUGAGGACGAGAGGGUAACGUUCUGGGAGCGUUUACGACGAAACAUUGCAGAGAGAGACGCAGACGAACUGCAUGAUCCUCCGGAAGCAUCCUGAAGUCAUCUGCAUGUUCCACCUGAUGUUCUACGUUUAGAGAGAGAGAGUGUUCGCUACUGAUCUCAGAUUAGGGUGCCGUCAAAGGACUCCUUUCUGGACUUUGUUUUAGCAUAAUAUUUUAACAUUGAUUUCUUUGCCUUCCAUUUAUCAGACUUUCUUAUCCAGAGCGACUUACUGGGUUAAGUGCCUUGCUCAAGGCCACGUCGGCAUAUAUUUCACUUAGUCGGCUCCUGGAUUUGAACCAGUAACCUUUCGGUUACUGGCCCAAUGCUCUUAAACGCUAGGCUACCUUUCCUUUGUCUCUUUUCUUUCAUUCACUGAUUGUUCAAUGAACUGUUCUUGGAUCUGUGCUGUGUGUAUUUGAGCACAAAGACAACAUUAAUAUGCUAAACAUUCUCCCAUGGAAACAACACAUUUCUAUUGGUUAGAUAUUGUUUCCAGUAUAUGACCAUUUGUUUUAAUACAUGUUGCACUCUGUAACUCAUUGAUGUGAUUUUAUAGCUUUAUAGUGCAACACUCCUCCCAUCUAAAGCAGAGACCCACAUAGUAUAGCUGCUGUCUCAGCUAUACUGACUAAAAUGUGUGUGUGCAUGCUUGCAAGAGUCCUUGUCUGUGUGUGUGUUUGAAAGUGGUGUAUGCUGUCUACCUGCCCUCUCCUCAGUAAGUCCCAGGGCCUGUUGGUUCUAACCCUCUGCAGCAGAAGGACAGUGUCUUGUCAUCACUAGGCAUCCAUUGCUACAGGCUGAGAGAUGAGGGUUAAUAAGCCAUCCUGGUCUGUGUGAGAGCUGCUGACUAAUCAUGCUGAUGAUGCAUUUCUACAGUGUUGUGUGAAUAAAUGGGGACGUGUCUUUUUAAGAUUUGGAAUAGUCUAAACCUUCAGACAAAGCCCUGUGUGUGUGUUUCAUUUUCAAAUCCAAAGAUAAUAGAGUCGUGUUGGACGUAUGUUUUUGUAGUUAUAUCCUCAUCGCUGUGUUUGCUCAAUUAUUAAACGGACAUUCAACUGCAA